AAAAACAACAAAAAAAUCAAUGACGGGAAGCUAGCGCCGCGUCCCCCUGGCGGGCAUGUGGGGAACCUGCCACUGUUUACCUCACACAGAAAACGUCGGUGCAUUACGUAUAUUUUGCCUCCACGAAUUGCUCCAAGCCGAGUAAAGCAUCAUGUGAGGUUAAAGAGUAGUUGGGCCAGCACUCCUUGGCCACUCUCACUGGGACGCUUGCUGGCCACCCAACCACCGCCAUGGAGGAGACCAUUGGACCUUUCACCUUCACCUCAAACUUUGAGUGUGGAAACCUGGCCAGGGCAGAGAGGGUGGAGCCACCAGGAAGUGCCCACUCUAGUGGCCAAGGCUCCUCACUCAGCAGCAGCCGCAAGACCCACAAGGCUGCUUCAUCCUCCUCCUCUUCCUCUUCCUCCUGUCAGUCAUCAGUGGAACCCCUGCCAGUCAAUUAUGAAUACAACCUGUGGACGCGUCCCGACUGUGCCGGAACUGAGUAUGAGAACAACAACCGAACGUGGUUCUUCUUUGGCAUUAAAGGAGGAAGUGUUGGGAACCGAGUGCGUCUGAAUGUGAUGAACCUGAACAAGCAGACCAAGCUGUUCUCACAAGGCAUGCAGCCAGUGGUGCAAUGUGUGUCCAGCAUCCGGCCGCCCCGCUGGGAGCGCAUCAAGGAGAAGUGCAGCUACAGGAGUGAGGACAGCAGUACUGUCAUCUCAUGGGUGCACACAGUGAAUGAUGCAUCUGCCACCACCCACUAUGCAUUCACCUAUCCCUACACUUACUCAGAGGUGCAGACAGUGCUGGAAGGGCUGGACCGUCGUUUCCCAGCUGGCUCCCCAAGCCUCUAUUAUCACCGUGAACUGCUCGCCUACUCUCUUGAUCACUGGAGGGUUGAUCUUCUGACUGUCAGCUCUCACAGCGGACGAGCCGAUGAGAGAGAGGAACGGCUGCCUGGCCUAUUCCCUGUCCCAGGCCAGCUGAGGCCUCACCGCUUUCCCGGUAAAAAAGUGGUCUUCAUCUCAGCCAGGGUCCACCCCGGUGAGACGUCCUCCAGCUUUGUGCUCAAUGGCUUCCUCAACUUUAUUGUGUCUGGGGACCCAAGGGCAGAGCGACUGCGUGACUUGUUUGUGUUCAAGGUCAUCCCGCUGCUGAACCCCGAUGGUGUGGUGCGAGGCCACUAUCGCACUGACCAGCGGGGCGUCAACCUCAACCGGGUGUACAUUGACCCCUCACCUGCCCUCCACCCCACCAUCCAUGCUGCACGUCAGGUCAUUCUUUAUCAUCACCAUGGCCACCUCUCUCCCACCUCCUCAGAGACCAGCCCCUCCCUUUCCACUGGCACCUCAGAUUCCACUGACCCUGCUACCACAACCACCACCACCACUUCAGAAUCCACUGAAGGCACAGAUACCUCUGUGGGGGAGACCAAGAGGCCGGCAGUGCUGGUAAUGGAUGAGGACACAUGUCACAGCUUCAGUGACGUCCAGUCUGGCCGGGCCGGGGGUGCUGGGUGUGGGGGACGGGUGCGAGGAGUGUCUCUCAUGGAGCUGGACGAGCCUUCAGCCUCUGGGUGGGACAUAUCCAACAGUGCAGCUGGUGCAUCACUGCCACGUGGUACUGCAUCUGACCUGCACGAUGACUGCUCCAACGUGUCUGGUGUGAGUGAGGCAGAGACGGGUGUCACAGCCAUGUUUGGCUCCCUGUCUGCUGUCAGUGACUUUUCAAACCUGCUGCCAGGCAAGGCAGGUGGAGACAGUGGUACUUCCCCAGGUGGGGAGGGCGGGGCAGCUGGCAGCAAGUCACGAGACCUCUUCCUCAAGGAUUUCCACAAGGAAGAGAGCGAGUGUGCAUUCCUUGGUUGCUUCCCCAAGCCAGCUCAAGUAGCCGAGAAGACUGUGAACCCUUUCAGUGGUGUGAGUGAAUCUAGUCAACAAGCACAGGGGAAGGGAAGUGUCCCAGCAGGGAAGGAGGCACAAGAUAAAAGAGAUCUGAGUGUGGGGCCCCAGCACAAGACCGUCCUUAAGUCAGGCUCUCCUCCCACCCCGGUGCUGACACGGUUGGGUGGCCGGGAGGGCUGUGGGGUGGCCAGCAGCAGCGAGAGUGAGGCUGAGUGUGGCAGACCAGGCAGGGAAAGUGAGGUGGCCAGAGGAGGAUGCUUAGCAGGACCUCUUCACCUCACCACAGAGGAAUUCCCUCCUGCCCUUACUCCUCCAACACCAGUACCAGAGGAGACCAAGGUCACCUCUGGCCUCUUUCUCUAUGUUGAUCUGCAUGGGCAUGCCUCCAAGAAAGGUAUCUUCAUCUACGGGAACUGGUAUGAAGACCCUGCCGUGAUGGUGGAAAACAUGCUCUUCCCAAAGCUCCUUGCCAUCAACUGCCCAAACUUUGAUUUUUCAGCAUGUAACUUCUCUGAAAGAAACAUGUACCUUAAGGAUCGGAGGGAUGGCAUGAGCAAGGAAGGGUCAGGCCGGGUGGCCAUCAUGAGGGCCACCGGGCUGCUCCGCUCCUACACACUGGAGUGCAACUACAACACAGGCAGGAUCCACAACCCAACUCCUCCCUCACCCCUAGAUCACAAAAAGUCUCCCCCAAGCCCACUCACCAUCCCGCCCAAAUACACGCCAGCUGUGUUUGAAGACUGUGGACGACAGCUGGGCGUGAGUCUUCUGGAUUUGGUGGGAGGUGGGUGUGAAUGGUCACGCUUGCCCCAGUCCCAGUAUGGUAGUCUAGCUGGGGUACGGACAUGGCUCCACCACUUCCUCACUUCCUCUGCACUCUCCCCCCGCAACCAACUGGCUGGCCAGCAAACACCCCGUGCUUACACAUCCCGCACCUCAAACAAGCUUGGUGUUGAAAGACUUGGAGGGACAAGAGUGGCUGCAAGCGGCCCCAGACUUGGCCUCAGUAGACAGGGUCCCCCGAGUACCCCAGCUUCCCCCAGACUACCAAGGACACGUGGUCAGCGGGUCCGACGACACUCUUGGUGCCUUACUGUGGAUGCAGAGAAUCAGGAGCCCCGUGAGACUUCAGAGGGACCACCAAGACCCAGACCAACCAGCGCAAAGAAGCCCAUGACCCCCGGAAGCCUUUCUCCACGAUGCAAGCCCAAGUCCCAGAAGUUAAAAGCUCCAUCACCUAUAAAAACAGGUGUGUCCCGCUCCCUCACAUUCACUGACUUGGGGGAGAGCAGCCACAUCUCUGCUGAAAGCAAGAUGGUCAGCAGUAAGAUGACCUCAAGCAAGCACAGUCUUACUGCAUCAGUCAGUCUCACCCCAAACCUCAAUGUAAAGCUCUCUAUCUCAGACACUCCUGAGAGCCCCAAGCUGGUCAAGAAGGUUGAGAAAAUUCGGAGACAGCGCAGCAAGGGUUUAGCUUCGGGUACUAAGAAACUGAAGGUCUGCCCAAGCUCUAGCUCCAGCACAGAGGAGUCCAGCCUUAAGCCUAAGGAGACCUCCUUCUACAACCUGCCAAGCCUGGAGGCCAGUGAACGCAAAUGCAACCCUUUAUCUCCCUCACAGGAGGGGUUUUAUGCUGCUGGCCAAAGCCCUCUGUCACCUCGUUCCCCACUGUCCUCAGUGUGCGAGCCUCAGGCCAGCCAGAGCAGUCCAGGACUUAGUAUCAUUACCACAGCUGCCUCCUGUGACCUGUAUGUGCAGCCCAAGUCACCAGUUGUAGUUCCAUCAACAAAAAAAGUGACCAAAGUUCUGUCCACCCCCAGUAAACGUUCCAGUAAGCACACCCUCAAGUCACUCUCAAAGAGCAUGGACCGGUUACCAGCGGUGGCUGGGGCAGCAGGGGAACGCCUCAAGCUGUUGCCUAAGAAGGUGAAAAAGAAGGUGUCUGCAAGAAGUGUAACUGACCUGCCUGGCACCAUCACAUCCCAGACCAUAAAGCCAGCCACAUCCCAACCUACUCUAGAUUGGAUCAUUAGUGAACCCCCACAAACACUUGCAUCAGACUUGGACCCUGUGCCCCCCAAACUCAAGAAGCGCAAGAAGAGCAGCAGAAAGUCCCUUUAAGCAACAGGCUCAAAGCUUGUGAGAUUGAUGUUUUUAUUCUUGAUCUGUGGGAUAAAGCUCCCAUGUAGUUCAUCUUCAUGUGUUAUCUUACCUCAAAAAAAAAAACUGCAUCCAUGUUGCACCUUCUGUAUUAAUGUCUAGAAUUCAUAGUUAAUGAAAUAUUUGUUGCUGACAAAAAACACAUUUUGAUUUAUGUAGUAGGCUGUUUUCAACUAAAUACCAGUAAUAAUUGUUUCAAGAAAUCUUCACCUCUUAGUUUUGUUGAUCACAAUCAGCAAGAAAUGAGUAAUUGUAGAUAUAGUUACUAGUGACAGUUGAAAAUAGCCACAUAGGUAACCACCCACUUAAUGCCCAUGCAAGAGGACCAGGUAAAUGAAGUGACCUCAGCUGCUGCAAGGCACUUAGGUGCUCUGUGUGGCUGGGGCAGGACCCUUUGGGGGACUUUGUUCUCACCUGUCCAUAGCAGAUGGAUUAUACUACUACCAUUGAAUCCUGAGAUGACAGAAAGUUCACCAUGUUGCUGGCCACUGCAGACUCACUCACUGAGAGGGGAUGGAUGUGGCAUUGCUGAUUAUAAAAAAAAUUUAGAUGGACCAGCUAAGGGCUUCCAUGGUGACACAGUCUGGUGUUACAGAUUCCAGUCACAAAUCAUUGCAAAGACAUUACUCUGCACACUUACUGUUAAGGUGAUGGAGAGGUUUCAGGUAAGAUUCUACUAGCACAUUUGAGAGGAGUAGCAGGCCACCAUCAGAAAGAUUUGCACUGGUGCUGUGAAGUUGUGGGUGGCUGCAUCAUAUAUGUGAAAAUUUUGUUUGAGGACAGGCUAUUCUCAAAAGCACACACAUUAUCUUUAUUUAUUGGUUGAUGUUCCUUUGGAAAAUAAUUUGUUUGGUAGACGUACAUGCUGCUAAGAAUUUCCAUGACUACUUAAUUCAAAAGGGAUUCACUCAGUGUGACUCGAUAAGUCACAUUUGAUAUUCAUCAAGAGGAUAUAUGCAGACACUACAGAAAGAACAGACUGCAGUACUGUGUCCACAACAUUUUACUGACUAUGCCUGAUUUUCUUGUGGUGUACGUGUUGUUAAGUGAAAACAAGACUGGACUAAAUCACAGUGAGGACACAGUGUUGCACAUUUCCUGAAAGUUUUUAUUUCUAUCUUUGCAAAGUUCAGGGAUCCUGUUUUAAUACCACUACAUUGAUAUUAAUGCAAAGAAUUGUGUAAUAAGGAUACAUAUUUGUACCAAAGAAUUAAUAUUCUGAAAAUAUUAUGACUGAAAAGAACACAUCACACAAGUGAUUAGAUAUACCAAAUGCCUUGGUCUCAUUCUUUCCUUCAGAAAAUUAUCUUGUGGAAACAGAAUUGAUGAAUAUCCCAAGUCUUCUUUUGUCAAGAGAUAAUUUCCAUAUCUUAAUUUUUGGUCCUGUGGUGAGAAUGACCUAAAUUAUUGCUAUCCUGAAUAGGACACUGAAGCAGCCACAAGGUUUUCAAAACUCCAUAGCAUUGCAUGGAGUGUGUUUCUGGUAUUUUGCCCCUCAGCACUAAUGGACAUGAAUAUUCAUAUUUGUGUAUUGAUAACAACAGCAUAAAGUUAUUGGUGAAAUUCAGAGUAGCAAGGCAAGCACUAGCUCGCAGAGUUACCAGCUUUUGUUUGAUGGGCAGUGCAGCCUGUCCUUCCAUGUAGUCUCUGCAUAAGUCAAUAGCUUUAACUUAUACAGUAUCACUGAAUUUCUCAAACUAGUGUGUGAUGUACCUAUUUAAUCUGCAAAAUAUGGACAGAUGCAACAAAUAUCCUCAUCCCUUUCCCUCUUCCCACCUCAUUUAUAGUAUAGAUUAGUAAAUCAUCAGGAGAGUCAACUGGACCACAAUCAGGGCUCAAGUGUUCCUGCCUUGAUUUGUAGAGUUAGUACAAAACUUUGAUGUGUAGUUUUUGUACUUUGACCCUUGCUUUUAGGCUGUUUGUUACUAGAGAUGUAAUUUUGUAGUCUUGUUGCCAACAAGACAAAUAAGUUCAUUAUGAUCAUAGUGAGGAUAUAUAUAUAUAUAUAUAUAUAUAUAUAUAUAUAUAUAUAUAUAUAUAUAUAUAUAUAUAUAUAUAUAUAUAUAUAUAUAUAUAUUGUAUUUGUGACUAGAUGCAACAUUGGAGGAUGUUGAGGGAUGAACUUUGUGUACCAUGUGGGAUGAGUGACUGAGGCAAGUCAGCUCUGAAUUGGACAGGGAAGAGCAGACCUCAGCUGAGUGAGAUAUGUGAUGGUGCUGAUCGUUAAAUUUUUAUUUGUAAUUUUCUACAGCAGUUGACAUCUUAAGCAAUACUUUCUUUAUGUGGUUGUUGAAUUUUUUAUAGGUGCUCUCAAGAUCUGUAGACUUAUACAUGAAUGAUAUAUAAUUCAUGAAUUAUAUAUAAUUCAUGUCAUUCAUAAGGAUAAAUUCAACAUUUGUUUAAUAUUAAUAUUUCUCAUCUUUUAGAUAUUUUUUUUAUGAUGAUUCGGUGGUUUAAGGAAACAAGUUAGACUGAGGUCAUCAGUGUUUCCUGUGUGAUAAUAAUUAAUAUUAGUACUAAAUGUACACUUGCCAUAAGAGUUUUUACUCCUCAAUCUGAUGUGCCUCUAAAAAAAUUGAUUUUACUCAACAGCCUGCCACUGCUAAUAUAGCAUGCUGAGGCUGCACUCUUGAGUGUGACAUCUAUGCAUCACACUGUCAAAUUUAUUAACCUUUCUGAUAGAAUUUGACUUCAGACAUAGGUGUAAAAAAAUAUUUUCUGCCAAGUGUACAUGCUUUACAUUGUACAUAAAGUUGACAAAUGACAGCCCUGGAGGAAGCUUAUGACUGAUUGAUCAAUGGUGUGAUGGUGACACAUUUGUAAAGUGUUGUUCAACAUUUUGGAUCUAGAGUUAUGUGCUUUUAAAUGAAGAAGCUGAGUAACAUGGUUAACAAGACAAUUUGUGAUAGUUACAAAGUGGGUAUCUAUUACAGUUUAUUUUAACACCCAUGCAUUUAUAUAAGUAACCAUUAGAAAUAUCCUCCCCUUAUUCCUAUAUAGAGUGCAUAGCUUACAAAAGCAGUGUUGAGAGGAAGCCCUACAACAAGACACAAGCUAUAGAGUUUGCCCCACUGUUAGUGCCUGUGUAAACCUUGCAGAUGUGGAGCAGUUUUUAAUUAUUUUAUUAACAACCACCAGCACUACUACUCGCAGUGACUGCCAGAUUAUCAAUAUUGAUUGUAAUGUUCAUACACAUGUUGUUAAGAGGUGAAUAGACAAACGUAACCUCAGUGUUCUUUGUUGUAAAGAAACUCAUUACUAAUUCUGGCAAAUCUUGUCAGCCACUUGAAUAGGUUUGGAUGCAGGUGGAUGUGCUUUGCUGAAAGUGCAGACUCACAGUGCUCGUGUUGUAAGCUCACCUGUGCAAAUUUCUUGAGUCUGUGGGCUCUGUAUCUUUUUCCUUGUACCCUGAGCCACAGUGUAUUCACAGCUUUCAAGUACAUCUCCAUAUCAUGUCUUAUUGUAUCUAUCUAGUCCUCUAUAGCUGGUGUCACAGACUCCAUCCCUGUAAUUUUGCCACCUGAGUGCAUGCUGACUUGAUAACACUGUCAGUGGGCAGUGUUCUCACCUGCUGACUGGUCUAUGUAUUCUUGUCUUAUUUGAGAAUAUAUAUAUACCAGUUAUAUAUUACUACUAAAGAAAAUAUUUGAUUAUGCAUAUAGAUGAAAAUAAUUUAUCAUGCUACAAAUAGAUAAGGAUUUUGGUAGUACAGUUAAUUUACUGCAUGUUGUAAAAGAAAACAGCAAUGGUUGGACCAGUCAUUUGGAGAGAGCUUCACCCAUUGACAGUUACCACAUUCAUGUGUUCUCAGGUCACUAAUUUACAAGGACACAGUUGGUGAAACUGAGUAAACUACUUCACUUUCUUAAAAUCUGUAUUUGUCUUCUAAGUGUCCUCAACAUUCUCCACCUAUUUUCCUUGAUAUUCAAUAUUUAGGUUGUCUGUUACCUUCCAUCCCUGUGGUUCUCAAGUGCGUCAUUGUACCAAAAGUCCUGUGCACCUGUCUCUGCUCUGCUGCUGCUGUCCUUCACGGAAAUAUGUCACACAAAUGGGAUGUGAUGCUGAUAUGUCAGUGUUACCAGAUGAGAAAGUUUAGUGUUUAGCUGAAGAGUUUGGGUUUCAAAUAACUAAUAUGGGAACUGUAUGGUGAUUAAAUUACAUUUGGGAAAUGUGAAUUCAUAUGGAAUAAGCUAGAUAAAUUAAACACUAUCUUCCAUCUUGACUAAGAUGGCCAACAAUAAGAAUGCUUGAUUUAAGAAAUGUAUAGGUGUGUAUUUAUUUUUAUAUAGUAUUGAUGUAAUGCAAACAUGUUAUCAUAUACAGAACCAAAUGUAUAUGUAAUUAUGUAUGUAUAUUUGAUAUAUAUAUAUAUAUAUAUAUAUAUAUAUAUAUAUAUAUAUAUAUAUAUAUAUAUAUAUAUAUAUAUAUAUAUAUAUAUAUAUAUAUAUACCUUUAACUCAUGCAUAUCAUACAUCAUUAUACAGCUCACACAAAGGCAAGAUUUUGUAUAUCACAGCUCUCUCUCUCUCUCUCUCUCUCUCUCUCUCUCUCUCUCUCUCUCUCUCUCUCUCUCUCUCUCUCUCUCUCUCUCUCUCUCUCUCUCUCACGUGUGACCCACAUUGUUUCAUUUGGUCUAGGGUGAAUACUGCCAGUACUGCAUUAAUGGUGAUCUGCAGUGUGUCAUAAAUAUUUAGUUUGCAGUGCUGCUUAAUAGUGAUCUGCAAUAGCGUGUUGUGCUAGACAAUUUGGUUUGUUUCCAGUGUGCUGGGGAUGCUGCUGCUCCCUGGCACCUCAUGCAACACUGGGGAUGCUGCUGCUCCCUGGCACCUCAUGCAGAGUGUUUUUUAUGGAUUGACUUUUUUUUUUUUUUUUUUUUUUUUUUUUUUUUUUAGAACAUGCUCAUUAUAAGUACAUCAAAACAUUUUUUUUUUUUCCUUUUUUCUUUUAGGAAGAGUUUACUGUGCUUGAUAUUUUUAAAUACUGUUGGUAGUAAUAUUUAGUGAGCUAUGAAAGCAACAUAACAAUUUAUUGCACUGUGGACUUGGUGACUGAGGCUUCAAGUGAAGGUAGCAAUGACUUGCUGUUUGUAUGUUGAGACACAGGGAAUUUUCCUACCCAUCUUGCUUUGCAGCUACAUGUUUCUUUCAUUUCAAUAUUAGAGUUAUAUAGCUUUGUUGACAUUUUGGACUGAAUUUAAAGUUGUAUCAUUUAUAUCUGAAAUAUUAUUUGUUAACUGAAGAAUUUGUUAAUGAUUAAUGAAGUGUUUAUCAGAGAAAAGUACAGUGGAAGUCAGCAAAGUUGUCUGUGAUGUGCUGGGCAGCUUUCUUGUUUUCCCAGAAACUUUCCUGCUGUACUAUCUGCAGGAAUAUGAUAUGAAUGUUAUUCAUACUUUACAUCUCCCACUGAUAGGCAUUGUGUGAGUUUGGUUGUAUGUAGGCAACCAGUGCUUGAUGGAUAUCAUGUCUUACAUGUUGAUGUGGUGCUUCCUUAUCAUACUACUAUGCUAUCACCUUCCUGUGUGGAGGAGACAAGGGUGAUCUGCUCCUUUGUGAGUAGUGGCAGUGGUCUGCACCCCAUCAAAAUCCCAUCACACUCCACUUAGUACUGGUUGUCUACAGUCAUACGCAAGUAAUGCCCAAUAUGUAGUGGUGAUGUCAGAUAUGAAAUAUUUAGAUUAUAUUCAUGUUUAUAACACUGCAUCACAUUAACAAUUCUGCUGGCUUGCACUGUACAGUAGCUAUUUUGUAGGACUCAGAUUUCUAGUGAGAUGCAAAUCUCUAUAGUAAGCUCUAUGUUAGGUACAGUAAUUCUUAUGAAACAGGUGUCUAAUAAUUUGUUUGAGAUCUCUCCUCAUUUAAGCAAAUAAUGCUGUACAUAUUUAUGAAUAGUUAAGUGAAUGGCAUGAAUUGCAGUGUAACCAGAAACCUAUUUUUUCCUUUAUGUGGAACUAAACUGCAAGUCACUGGCAACCGACAUAAUCCUCUGCUUGUCAGUUUUCUUACAACAAAGCAUGUUUAUUACAUACUGUAAAUGUCAAUUUGAAGCUAACUUACUCUCAGAACAAACACAUCACUUCUCAUGAUUCAGGCUGAUAUUACAAUGGAAAGUAUUUAUUUACACACACACACACACACACACACACACACACACACACACAUCCUGUACUGCUUUUCUUGGUUUUUGAGUCCUAAGUACUACUAGGUUUCUAAAAGAUUUUUUUUUCAACAAUAAUAAUUUAAAAUUUUUACCUGAAUAAUUCUGACUGUAUAUUGGAAUGUUUCUUACCUAUUGUACAAAUCCUGGAUUAUCCAGUUUGUAGCUUGUACAUAUAUAAAUUUGUAGAAUUUCCAAUGUGAGAGUAUAUAAUACAAAAUAUACAUGAGCUUUCUUAUGUGCGAUAUUAAUACUUGUACUGUUCUAUAUGGCUAUUAAAAUGUUAUAGUACAU